AUGGGGAAGCGGGCUUGCUCGACACAAGCACUGGAAGCGGGAAUUGAAAGCCUUUCCCUCCAGGAUCAAACAGCCACAGAGCUUGUUCAUCAAAACGAAGAACCACCAGAAGUUGAAGAUAUCCUGGAGGAGACGGGGAUCAGCAGGCUCCCUUGGUACGAAGAAUUGAUCAAGCAGGCGCCGAAGUGCGAGGCUGACUGCCUCGACUGGAAGGCCUGGGCAAAUUGUGGCGCUGCUCUUUGGCACCUGGGCGAGAAGAAGGCCAGUUGGGACUGUUACAAGCAUGCUGCUCAUGCUCUUCAAGGUUUUCGUACUGAGUUGACGACGGAGAAGCUCCUGGCAGAUCCAGUUGUUGGCAAGUUCUUGAGUGCACUAGACCGUGACUUUCGAGCAGGGUGUUGGGAAUCUGACGAGGCAGCAGACCUGGCGCUCUUUGCUGUCCUCGUACUGCGCGGCCGUGCAGCCGAAGUCUGCACGGAGAUCUGGCAUGAACGCCUUCCGAAUCACUACUUUGCCGCUAUGCAGGCUCUAUGUAGAAGGCUCAGCACGCCCAGCCAACCUCUUCGGCAAGUGUGCCCGGAUGACUCACGUAUGGAUUUGAUGAAUGGAAACACACUUGCAUUGCUUGUGGCACCCGAUGGCCUCUUUGCGGGGACCGACUCCAAGCGAGCAAGGCUGCACGAGCGCGCUUGCGAAUUCGACGCGGAAGCAGGCCCUGACUGUGAGCAGCUGCUCGGGCGCUGGCACUAUGACGGGAUGUCUUAUGUGAUAUCGCCGCUGGGAGACAGCGCUUGCCGAUUUGACGAAUGGGCUUGGGCCUUCUUGAAUAGAGGUAUCCAUCACCACGGCCGCUUGAAGCUAUCGGACGGUUGGUUUCAGGGCGAACUCUUUAACCAGGAGCAAUGCUUUGUGGGCUGCUUGCGGCUGAGAUACGAUGCUCAGAGACAGGUCUUGAUCUCCCAGUGUAGACCCCAGCACGGCGAUUGGGGCCCUGAGACCACAGCUACAUCCCACUCUUCGGAGCUCAACCAAAAUGACGGCAGUCUAACACGAUAUGUUGUUAUGGCUACAUUGCUUUGCACCGGUGGCCUGGCUUCAACUUUGCUGCUCUUGCCAGUGCUGCGGAGCCUCGACGACGCAGGCUUCGUGCUUUCACAAGAUUUGACUUGGCGUAGCUCAAUGCGCCCGCUGUUCGUGGCCGUCGGCCUGGAAGACGUUGCUGACGACAUUGAGCGCUGGACCAAGGACUGCUGGUCGACUGUGCCGCCUGGCUGCCUGAAGGAAGCAGAUUCGGAACCAUCUGCAAACAUUUGCACUCAGCAUGGAAACUUGGCAGGCGGAAGCUUUCAAGAGAAGUCAGCUAGGGCGCCGGCGAUGCCACAGGAGUCGGCCAAGUGGCCACGUGUGCAGAUCAUCAAAAUGAGUGAAGUCUGUUCAUCAUCUGUGUCAAGCUCCGUCUCUCAUUCAGCGAAAGGAACGCGAAUGAGCGUCUUCAUGCGCUGUAUGCAGAUGCAACCUCCCACGCAGGUUGGUAUCAUAGCUGAUGUCCGGAUGGCUGUUCUCAAGGUGCGAUGCAAUGCAGGGUAUGACGACGAAAGCACACGCAACAGAUGCCUAGCGCCUAGCGGAGUCUAG